AUGGGAGAGAUUGGCGAGCAUUACAGGAAUCUAAGAGAGCAUCGAAAGAGAAGACGCGCCGAAAAAGAACAAACAACAAACAACAAGAAAAAGACAACUGAGGAAGCACCCCGUCGUCGCUGCUGGGACUGGAUGAUCGUUAGCGAAUAUCGACGAGUCGGCAAAGAUGUUUCAACUGGCUGGAUACAGGGAAUGACUACAUACGUUGCUGGAGUUGGAACCGUUGAAUUAAAGGUGCAACCCAAAUUAGAAGAAGGAUCCCCCUUUCGGACUUUGGUGCUUGAGAAUGUGCUUCAUAUCCCGGGAGCUGUGUGCAAUGGGUUCUCUGUUGCAGUUUAUCACACUAUCCACGGUGGAAUAGCACGAACUGGGCGCACAGCCGAGGGCACCGAUGAAGAUGGGUAUCCUCUUUGGUGUAGUGAGGACUUCAAAGGCUUGAAAAAGUUGGUAUUGGCUGGAAAUCCGCAGGGAGAAUCGUAUCUGGAUGAUGGUCCGAAGGUGCUCAGUGUAAACAUAGACAUGGAUGAGAUCAUGUCUCCGGGGUCCUAGAUUCACGUGAGAUUUUAGAGGGGAUGAUACGACCAGGGUGAUGAGAUUAAGAAGCCGUUUUCCAGAA